AGACGUCCACGGACCACCACAAUAACCAUCCACCAUUCCAAUAUUCCAUUCCUUUACCCUUAAGACACCCCCAAAAGCCCAUAAACCCCCGCAAACCAAUAAACACUUCUAAACCCCCUCAUCUCUCUCUCUCUCUCUCUCUCUCUCUCUCUCUCUCUCUCUAAUUUCUUGAGCCUUUUUAACUCCCAUCCCAUGCUUGCCUUUUCCUUUCUCUUCCCCCUUUUUUCCCAUUCUCCUACUCACCCAAAUGAGCCAGUGAUGAUUCUGUUUCCUGUGAUGGAAGAGACUGAGGAUCAUUUUCACCAUCUCUAAGAUUUGAAUUCCGUUAGUGGGCUUUUUCUCUUCUUCUUCAAUUUGUUUAUGAUGAAUUUUUGGGUCAAAACUUCUUCCUCAAAUCCUUUGGUCUCAAGCAUUGUCACUCUCUACGCUCUGAUUCUCUUGUACGUCCCUCACCAAUUCCUGAGAGUUCUCUUCUCUCCCGUUCUGAUCAUCACCGGGAUUCUCCUCUUCUCUCUCCUUCGUCUCGGUGCAAUUCAGAAAUGCGAAGAUGAGAACAGGAAAGCUGAGGAAAAGAGCAGCAAAGAAACCACUUAUUCGACCCAACAAGAGCAAGAAGAUCACAACUGGGUCGACUUAUACGAAUCGGAAACGGACUCCGAACCCGAAACGGGUUUCGAAACGAACUCGCGUUUCGAGUACUCGUUCGUGGGUUGGAACUUGCGCGCUCCAUUGGAGGUCAUUUACGAGGAAGAAGACGAAGACGAAGAAGAAGAAGAAGGAGGAGGAGGAGAACAUCGGAUUCUGAGCGGAAGGUACGCGUCGUUGUCUCGUUACUAUCCGGAAUCGGAGGAGGAAUCGGAAAACUCGUCGGACGGGGAGUUUCCGGCGACGGGGUUCUGGGACUCGCCGGAGAGUUUGGGAUUCCGAUGGGAGGAGGACGAUAGGGAAGGAUUGAUCGAGAUUGCUUUGGACGGGAAUAAGAAAAACGACAGAAAUAAGAGAGGAUUGGAUUUUCACGUUGAGGAAGAGAAUCUGAUUGAGAUUGAUCUUUCUGUAGCGAGAAACGACGAAUUCCCGGCGAGCAACGACAGUCCUCCGGCAAGUUAGGUUCUUUUAACGUGAAAAUAAUCAAUUUAGGGACGGUUCACGGUUGAUAACCAAAAAAAAAA